AUCAUAUUUUAAAAAAAAUGGGUCGCCGCAAGAGAAACCAGCUGAAGAACAAAAAGUUCAAGAAGUACACAGUGCCUACUAUUUUUGAUUGUCCAUUCUGUGCCCACCAUGACUCAGUAGAAGUCAGACUUGAGAAGGGGACAAACAUUGCCUUUGUGUUUUGCAGGAUUUGCACUAGCCGCUACAAGAUAGAAGUCCAUCACCUGAUGGAGCCGAUAGAUGUCUACUGUGCUUGGAUCGACAAGAGUAUCGAGCAUCAGAAAGAGAUGGAUGAGAAGUACAAGAAGGAGUUCAAAGCCAAAAUUGACUCAUUCAAGGAAGGAGAUCAUCAUCCAAAAGGGAAAUUCCAUGAAGAAGCCAAGGAGCAUGAGAACAUUCACGUUAAGCAAGAGAAAGAUGAUAACAGUGACUAUGAAGAACCUGAGAAUGCAGAGGGAGAGCAGUCAGAAGAUGAAUUUGAGUAACUCUUAAGAUCUCCCUUGCUUCUUAGUAAGACUUU